UCUCCACCACUACUAUUACUCUAUUAGCGUAGUCCCUGUACUGUACGGGAGGAUAGGAUAGGAACUGAUCGAUCCCCAAAUCCUCUACCGAAACAGCAACAGCGACAACCACACGCGACGUCCUCCGGGGCUGCUGAUGCAGCGGGGUUCACCAGCGACGAGCGGCGCUCCGGCCGCCCUCUAUCUCGACAACCGCGGGGGUCGGAGACAGAAGCCGCUGCGCGACGAUGCGGACAUCGCCGAGCGCGGCGCUGGUCGAGCCAAACUUGAAGACCGAUGUGGGCGACUGCCCAACCGCGUCCCCGCCGGCAGCGGAGCCGUACCCGUGCAGGGGGCAGAUAACCCAGCCGUGCUCCGAGCACCAGAACGCCGGUGGCGGUGCUCGCGGAGCGACGGGCGCGGCGGGCGUUGGCUGAGGCGCGACGCCGGUCGCCGGACCGGAACGGCGGCGGUUGGGGAAGUUCUGUCGCGGCCCAUGCCGUGGCGGCGCGCCCGGUAUCCGCCCGGCCUGGCGGCGGCCGAUGUGGCCGCCAACGCCGUAGCGCCGGCCGUCGAAGCGGCGGCGUUCUCCAAGGCCGCUCAUGCGGCGACGAGCGACGAAGUGACGGCGGCCUGCGAACCGAAGGACGCGGCGACGAAGGUACAACCGAAUGAUCAAGUCAAUGCAGGCAACUCACUCCAAGUACCAGGGAAUACCAUUAGGUAUGAUCUUGCCAUAACUGGACCUAAAGUGUAUUCGGAUGCAGCAUGGAAAAAGAGAAGAUCUCCAGGAAGAGAAAGGAGCUUGACUACAGGACUAGGUAUAUUUUGUCAAUUCCAAGAGGAGCAGAGCACCACAAAAAUUUUCAUCCAGGCCUCCACAACGACAACGCCAUCUACACUUCAAGCAGAAUCUUGUGCACUUCUCCUCGGUGCAAAGGUCGCAGUACUUCUUAAACUUCAGCAGGUCACUUUUCUCACAGAUAAUUUAUCUCUUGCCAAAGCUGCUGCUACCAGCACAACAUCUGACCCACAAGUUCUUUGGGAAAUUCGACAUCUUAUUGCUGAGUACAAGGAGGCCUCCAAGGCACUAUCGCCCAAGAUUUACCAUAUUAACAGGGAUUUAAAUGAGGCAGCGCAUAGUUGUGCACAACAGGCCAUCAGGCAGUCAAUGUCUGAGCCUAUCUUUAGUUGUGAAAAUUCGGCUCAUGCUAGAAUGCCUUGUCCGACUGCUAUAUUGCUUCAGAACAAGGUCUUCCAAGGCAUUGUAAUACACGCUGUAAUCUGUUCAUGAGCUGAAUAAAUUUGGUGCCUCUGGCGCCUUUGCUUGUUCAAAAAAAAAAAA